UUGUUUCAUCCCGUGUGCCCGGAUGUACCCGUGGGGCAAUAAGCUACGUCAUUGUUCACCGCCGGACACCCGCUGGAAAUGAGGAAUGGAUUUACAGGCGCUAUUAACGUGUUCGUAAGAGAUUCCAGCAUGAACAAUGACCAUAGUUGACAGAUCUUCAGAAAAGUCUGACCACGAGUCAGUCGGGUGUAACCGAUCUCCCUUCACCAGAGGAGACGCGGGGAUGGACGGCAGCUGUUCCAGCAGCUGGGCGAUGGGUCCCACCAUGCCAAGUGACUCUCCUCGGCUGAAGGCUCCAGGAGGCUGCCUGGGCCCGACACCUGGAGCUGCCUACUACAAUAGUUCUCUCUCAUCUGUGGACCGGCCCAAGGAGCAAGUGAUCAGCAAUGGUGACGGCAUUGAGUUGCCGCAGAAGGUCCUCUUCCCUCCAGACCGCCUCAAUCUGAAGUGGACCCAGGUUCACCGUAUCGGUGCCGGACUUAAGAACAUGGGGAACACAUGCUUCCUCAACUCAGCGCUACAGUGUCUCACCUACACGCCUCCAUUUGCUAACUUCUUGCUGACAGGCGAGCACUCUAAAACAUGUCACGUGCCGGGGUUCUGUAUGAUGUGUUCCAUGGAAAACCACAUCAUUGAGGUCUUUUCCAACUCUGGGAAUGUCAUCAAGCCCGUUGGAGUGCUUAAUGAGCUCCAUAGGAUAGCAAAGCACUUCAACAUUGGAAGACAAGAGGAUGCCCAUGAAUUCCUGCGGUACACAGUGGAUGCUAUGCAAAAGUCCUGCUUACCUGGAACCAAAUUGGACAGGCAGACACAGGCCACUUCUUUCAUCCAUCAAGUUUUUGGCGGGUACCUAAGGUCCAGAGUUAAGUGUUUAAACUGCAACGCAGUUUCGGAUACAUUUGACCCCUUUUUAGAUAUCACUCUGGAAAUUAAGAUGGCUUCAAGCGUGUCAAAAGCUCUGGAGCAGUUUGUUAAGCCGGAGCAGCUGGAUGGAGAAAACGCCUACAAAUGCACCAAGUGCAAAAAAACGGUCACAGCCUCGAAGAGAUUUAGUAUCCAUCGCAACGCCACCGUGCUCACCCUCUCACUCAAACGCUUUGCAAAUUUCAGUGGAGGCAAAAUUACAAAGGAUGUCAAAUAUCCAGAGUACCUGGACAUGCGGCCGUUCAUGUCUCAGACUCAAGGAGAGUCCCAACUCUACGGCCUGUACGCUGUGCUGGUCCACUCUGGAUACAGCUGUCACGCUGGACACUACCUCUGCUAUAUUAAGGCGAGCAAUGGUCAGUGGUAUGAGAUGAAUGACGCCUCUGUGUCCGUGUGCGACAUCAGCACUGUUCUCAACCAGCAGGCCUAUGUCAUGUUCUACAUAAAGUCCAGUGAUGGGAAAAAAACAGUAGACUACAGUCACAUGAACCACAACCCUGGAAUCCCUGGUCAGUCGUCACCACGCCCGGUGGUGAAACCGCGCAUCAAAAACCCCGUCCCUCACAACAACAUUGGCUUUAUAGGUCCCAAGCUGCCCCCACACAUGACCAAGAGCACUCUCUACGUCAAUGGGAAUGGAUCUCUGAGGGACUCUCCCAAAAGCUCCAAGCCCAGCACCAGCAGUAGUGUUGGAAAACCUAACCAUGGACUGGCCUCUUCCUCUUCCUCCAUCUCCCACUCAAUCAGCCGGCCCACAAUGAUCCCAGACCAUGACAAACGUCAGAAGCUUUCAUUUUUGAUUAGACAAAGCAAGCAGAACCGCCCAUCCUACUCCUCCUCAUCCUCUUGCAGCCAGCCUUCCUCUGCCAGCAGCUCCUCCUCCAGCUCUCUAUCCCCCUCACAGUCUACCUCAGACGUCCACUCAGAUGUUCGGAUCAUUCCACGUCAGCUUCACCACGUUAACGGCAUGUCUUGCAGUAACGGCGAUCACCACACUCAAGGUAAUGGAGCAUCGCUCCUGGUGCCGUACGGCCAGGAGUCCUCUGAGGAAUCAGACCAGGAGAACUGUGGCGCUCUGGAUAAUGGCUGCUUAGCUAAGUCUCACCUCAACAGAAACAACGGAACAGGAGGCGUCUUUGAGAAAUCUCCUCAAGCCACAAACGGAGAGUCAGAAAUGCACCAUAAUGGUAACGGGUUAAUGAAUGGCGUUUCUAAAUCAUGCCAAAUCAGACACCAUUAUGGACCACCCAAAAUGAAUGGGCACAACACCUCUGACAAGAUCUCUGGCAGUGAUCAUGGAUCUUUGUCCUCGUUGGCUACCAUUGCUGCUAAUGGUUUAGAUGCUGACCAUUGUCCAACAAGCAAAGUGGCUUAUAAUUCAGCCUCGUCAUCAAAGACCUGUUCUUCUCGGAGCAUCCAUCCUGAUGCCAGUGAAAGCCAGCACCUCCCCUCUCCUCAGAAAAGGGCUAAAUAUGUGUCUGAACUGCUGCCUCACAAUACAGCACCCUCCACUGUUAGCAUUCCACCUUCAGCUACUGCUACAAAGACCCAUUCGGUUGCAUCUGGAGAAUCUGCUUCCCUCUCAGCACAUCAUGGCAGCCCAGCAACCUUAUCCACCCUGGCAGAUCGCUCCGAGAGCACCAGUGGGACAUCUGAUGCUCCACAGAAAGUUGGCAUAAGUGGGGAUGAAUCCAAGAAUCUACCACAGAAAAACAGGCCGUCGGCAGGGAUGGAAGGAAGAACGGAAGCCAAGGAGCAGCAACAGUCAAAGCCCAGUUCUAGUGGCAGCAAUGGACAAUAUUCCCGAGACAGAGACAGGCUGCACUCUGACUGGAGCAGAGAGAGAAACUACAGGGACCGGAGCCCAGAUCGGGAGAGUGACGGUGAUCGUCAUCGGCACAGACGGGACUACCGAGAUCACCGCCACAAUCAUCGCUUGCACAGUGAUCGUUUGUCUCCUCACGAUCGACAUUACAGAGACUGGGACUCUGAGCGCCGCUAUGAGCGAACUGUCCACCACCCCAGGGAGAGCUACCGCGACAGGACUUCUCACCAUUACCACCGCCACCGAUCCAGAGAUGAUUGGGACUUUGAGCGGAGGGGGAACGGUCACUCCAACCGCAAAGAGUCUCGUAGUCGCUGGAGGUGGCCGCAGGAGAGUCGAGAAUCCCGGGUAACAAAGGAAAAGAGCAAUGGCAGGGAGAGGAACUCUUACUCUUCAAAAGAAGAGACUUCCUUUCCUGCCACAGUGUCAGAUACAUCGACAAAGUCGAGAUCAGCUCCAAACACAGACGAUCAAAAUCACAAGAGGGCUGCUAAUAAUCUGAGCAAGGAGAGAGACGACAGCCCUGAGGCCUUUCACUCUAAAAAACACAAAAAGAGCAAGAAGAAACAUAAGUCAAAGGACAAAGACCAACACAGAGAGAGCGGAAAUUCUGACGUGGAUUCAGACAGAAUUGCUGAAAUAAAAAAGAAGAAGAAGAAAAACAGGCGGCAACGGGAUGACGGGUCCAAGCAGCAUAGCCCAGGCACCGCACAGAGGCACAAGAACAGAAGCAGCUUGGAACCUGAAAGCCGCAAGCGGAAGUUCUGUCACAUCGAGGACCGUACUUGCAUCAAUGGUUUUCCACCAGAUGCUGAUCCUCGCAUUGACCAUCUACCCCCCAAGCCCAUUUCAGCCACCACUGGUUCAACUCACUGCCAUCUCAAUGGACACACAGGAAACGGUUACAGUCGAACCAAUGGCAACUCCCACUGAUUCUCCAGUGGCAUCAAACACUGACUCUGCACAUCAACAACAUUUAAACAGCAGAUGAAUGACAUCAACAACCUUUUGACAUGGUGCUUCUUCUUCGUUGGGAAUAAUUUGUAUUUUUACCAAAAGUUAAGUGUUAUAAAAUAUUCCGAAAAUCUUUUUUAAGGCGUUAACUAUUUGCCGUAAUUCUCUUUAACUAUGGGCAAAAAAAAUGACGGUCACCUUCUUGAACAUUUAUGAUGAAAAUAUUAAUAUAUACUCAUAUGAACACAAAGCCUGGAGCUUAAAACAUCUCAACUGCUGCUCAGUGGAACUCAGGACUCGAAAAACUUGUUAAACAUCCCAUUACGGAUUAUCCAGCCGCUUCAGAUAAGAAUGGAACAAAAGGGAAGUUGCCUAAGAGUCAAACUGUCAAGGCAUCAUAUUGAAUGAAAGUUCAAGAUGUCACUAUAUCUACAGAGCUUCUGAGUUUUUAAAAUCCAUCCCACUGGGAGCGAGACAAACUGCAGGAGGGAGAUUUUCACGAACGAAGCGGACGAGCAGUGUGGUGGGAACAAGGCUUCGCUGACUGAUACCUCCACUUUAACCCUGGACAGACUUGAGGACAUUUUCCUGCUAUUACGUUUUUCUCCUUUUUUUAUUUUACCGUUUCCAUUUUGCUCUGAAGCCUAAGAUUCACUCUGUAAUUUUUUUACUUUUUUCACAAGAUGAGGAGUUUUGUCUCGCCUAUCUCACAACUCUCUCACUCGCUCUUUCUUUAAAUGAUCAGAAAGAAAGCAUCAAACAUUUAUCACCGCUGUGGACCAUGUGUUUUUGCUUUUUAAUGAAAAAUAAAGUUUGUGUCUUCUAGCGUCAUAAAAGGAUACUGUGAAUUAAAUUUUGAACUGUACUAUCAGUUAUUUUAUAUGCACAAAAAGAUCCUGUAUCAGGAUUAGCAGUAGAUGUUUUGAUUGUUUUGCUUUUGUUUGUAGAAAAACACUUGUUAAUUUUGACCAUGUUCUUUGGUGUAUGGAUUGAUUUUUUUUUUUUUUUUUUUUUCGUUUUGUUAUGUUGUGUUUUUCAACUUUGGACAGACGUUUGAAAAACUGCUGUUAUACCUUUUUAGUUUUAGCAUGUCAGAAUUUAUACAUUGUAUAAGGUAAACGCCUUAAAAUACAUUUGUUUAUGUUUGCAAUUGUAA